AUGCUAAAUUGUCAAUUUGACGACGAAAUUAUUCAAACCUAUGAAGAGAUGAGAAUGGGAAAGGGAGAUCACAAAGAAUUAAAAUUCCUAGUGUUAAAAGUGGAGGAAAAUUCUGUUCUGAUCGAUCACGACUUGACCAAACUUUCAACAUUGGAAGAAUUGACAAACCAACUCCCCGAAAAGAAUACAAGAUUUAUUAUUUAUCAUUUGGACUUUGAAAUGCCAAGCCAAAAUACAAAUUCACAAGUCAAGGAAGGAUCCAGAACUAAAAUGAUGUUUAUCACUUGGUGUCCAAACGAAACUAAUGUAAAGGAAAAGUUUCAAGUUGCUGCCAUUGUGAAAACUGUCAAACACAAGUUGACAGGUCUUUCUACAACCAUUCAUUGCAGCAAUAGAAAUGAAAUUGAUGAAAAAUCAAUGAUUGAAAAGUGUCUCACUUUUAUGAAGUAA